GCUCAUCCGAUUCACUCUGUGCCAAGUAGCACGCCAUCCUAUGACAGCGGAGUAUAUCCUGAGGACGAGGCAACCAGCUCAUCGGGCCAUGGCUGCCAUAUGUCACCCUCGGUCUCCACGGCUACUUCCCUCGUGUCCACCUUGCAUCCCAACGGUCCCACGGUGUUUAUCUCGACACUCUGUCCCCAGCCACACUCGCCCUCCAUCUACACUUCUCGGCUGCCUCCGCAUUAUCUGUCGCAACCGCGACCACGACGACAACUACUACCGUCGCCAACAACGCCAGUCAACCAGGAAACACAGUCCCUCCAGACAGCACAAACAGCCCAGAAUCAUCCGGUUGAAGACGUUCCACUGAAGCCCGAGUUGGAGCAUAUACAGCCGCCGAGCAUUCGAGGCCUCAAUCAACCCAGACUCACAGCGCCACAAGCCGUGGACCAGAUCCUAAGGCAGACGCGCCAAUCUCGGGGUGGCCGUCUGGUACCAAAAUCCCCGAAGCAGUCAGUGGCACCAAAGUAUACGCUGUCUGAACUCCAAACCGUGCUUGAGCCUAGCUGCCCUCCAGCCUGGCAGACGGGGUGA